AUGUCCGGUCCAGAAUGUGUGAAGGUGGCUGUGCGCAUCCGGCCUAUGUCUCAAGCAGAGCAGGCUCGAGGAUGUCAGAUAGUGGUCGAGCAAGCAGCCCCGGAACAUCCGCAAAUUCACGUCUGCGGUGGACGGACACCAUCGGACAUUUUUUCCUACAGCUAUGUGUUUCCGCCCACCGCUGCCCAAUCGCAGCUGUACGAACAAUCGGUAGCGCCACUGCUUACCAAACUGUUGGCUGGUUACAAUGCAACAAUCCUCGCGUACGGUCAAACCAGCUCGGGCAAAACGUUCACCAUGGGUACGGACUUUUCCGGUGAGAUGAGCUCGAAUGUUGGCGUCAUCCCGCGCGCAAUCGUCGACAUCUUUCGAAUGAUUAACGACGGUUCGGUUGGGGCACCGUGUGUCAAUGUGAACACCCAAAUUACCUGCUCAUUCAUCGAGGUGUACCAGGACAACGUGUACGAUCUGCUAGAGGAUAAAAAUGGCAACGAACGACAACCGAUCGAGAUACGGGAAGCAGUCGGUGGAGAUAUUGUAUUGCAGGGACUAACCGAGAUCGAAGCGCCCAACGAGCAGAGUGCCUUCAACUGUUUGGUGCGCGGUUCGACCGGUCGUGUGGUGCGUGCGACAGCGAUGAACAACGUGUCUAGCCGAAGCCACGCCAUCUUCACACUCACCAUUCAGCAAACCGCUCGUGAAGAUCCCAGCACUAUAACGCGCUCCAAGUUCCACCUGGUAGAUUUGGCCGGCUCGGAACGUUCCAAAAAGACUGCCACAACCGGUGACCGGUUCAAGGAAGGCGUGGAGAUUAAUAAAUGCCUGCUCGCACUCGGUAAUGUUAUCACCGUUUUGGGUACGAACAGUGGGUCGGGCAAGGUGCACAUACCAUACCGCAGCUCGAAACUUACCCGACUGUUGCAAGAUUCGUUGGGCGGUAACUCGUACACAGUGAUGAUUGCUUGCGUGUCUCCGGCGGACUAUAAUCUAUCCGAGACUUACAGCACGCUCCGAUACGCAUACCGUGUAUGCAAGAUCAAAAACAAACCGAUCGUCAACCAGGAUCCGCAGCAGGCCCGCAUUAAGGAACUGGAAGCAACAAUACAAGAUUUGCGGCUCCGCAUACUAUCGCUGAAGAGUGACCACAACGGUAAUGGCGGUGAGGAGGAGGAACAAGACGAUAAAUAUCCUGCUGGCAAUCUUCGCCGAGCGACACUCAUACGAGGUCUCUCGGAGACGGACAUAAGAUCGCCAAGGAAAGCUGAGCAGGAACAACCGACAGGCAUGUCCACCACAGUCUGCAUGCUGCAGACUAAUAAUCGUCUGCUUGAAAAACAGCUACAAUUGACGCUGCACGAGAUCGGAUCACACGAGAUGCGUGCCAUGACGGCGGAUAAGUUGCUGGAAGAUAUCGAACAGGUGCUGGCAAAAUAUGGAAACAGUGCUACCCAGUCGGAAAAGGCGCCCGAAACCGUGGCUGAAAGUGAGAUGCGACAGGAAAUAACCGUGCUCUUGAACAAGUACAAGGAAGAAUUGUUUGCUCAGGGCAUAGCAAACAUGUCAAACCCGAACGAACUACACCGCACGUACAGUACUGAGUCGGAGGAGCUUGAGCGGAAAUCUACGUAUCACACCCAAGAGCAGAUGCGUAUACACCAAGAGCUGAGCCAGUUGAAGCGUGAGCUUACCUUGAAGGAGGAAUUGCACCGUAAGUGCAUGGAUAAUAAUUCAGUGGUACAGACAAUGACCAGCAAACGGGAGCGUGAGCUGAACGAGCAGCUGCGAGAAUAUGAGGGGCAGAUCCGCGGCAUGGAGGAACAGCUGAUCGAGUUGAAUGUGCUGCUCGAGAACACCAAGGCGGGCGAGAAACGUUCGAAGCUGGCCGAAGAACGUCGCCGCAAGGUGCAGCAGCUCGAAAGCGAACUGACCGUACUGCGGCAGAAGAGUUUGCGCCAGGCGAAGUUGCUGAAGCUGAACGAAAAGGACGCCCAGCGUAUUGCCGGCCUGAGUUCGGAAAUACAGCAGAUGAAGAUGACGCGCGUUAAGCUGCUCAAGGCGCUGCGCACCGAGAGCGAGAACUUUCGCCAGUGGCGCCUAAACCGGGAGAAGGAGAUUAUACAGCUGAAGGCGAAGGAUCGUAAACGCGAGGUUCAGCUGAAGAAGCUCGAAUCGACGUACACGCUGCAGAAGCAUAUUAUGCAGCGCAAGAUGGACGAAACGAUACAGGUGAACAAGCGGCUGAAGGCAACCCUCGAACGCCGGCAGCGCAAUCCGAACACGGCUGACCGGUCCGUAAUGCGCGGUGCCGAAGCGGCCCGCUGGAUCAAGCACGAGCUGGAGCUCAUCUGCAACACGGUUGAAGCGUCGGUUACGCUGAAAAUGUUGCGCACCCAGCGUGCACAGCAGUCGAAGAAGCGAAACCAGCUGCGCGCACAGCUGACGGAACUGAGCAUCGGUGGUGUGGAGGACACGGGUGCCGAUGGAUCGAUGGACGAUCGGCAGCAGCAACGGGCCGAACUGGAGGAAGAGAUGCGCCAGUGUGAAACCGAUCUGGAAUAUCGCAACGCACAGAUUGCCGAUCUGCAGCAGAAGAUCCACAGCAUGGACACGGAGUCGCAGCUGGCGACGUUGGGUGAAGGGUUGGCCAGUUUGCCCGAAACGCGGGACGCGUUUCAGCGACUGCUGGAACAGUUGGUCCACACGCACACCCGUCUGUUCGAGACACGGUUCGAGCUGGUGGAGUUGCAGGCAACAAGCGAAUGCCAGGAGGAGGCACUGGGCCAGUCCCGCGCCCAGCUGCAGCAGGCCGAACAGCAGUACAAGGAGAAGGUGGUACAGCUCGAACGUACGUACGAGGAGAAGCUUUCCUUCCUGCUGAUGCAACGUGCCGCGCAAGGUGGCGGCGUACCGAACGGCGACGGCGGUGAGGUUGCGACCCACACGGACACCGUGCACGAGGAAGCGAUCCAACGUAUUGAGCAGCUACGCGAUGAGCUGGAAUCAUACAAGCAACUCGUCCAGGUGCUCCAGGCCAAUCAACAUGAAAAAAUAUUGAAGCGCCGGCUCGUUAAGCUACCGUCCAGGCUGGUGGACCAUGAGAUGGAUACCGAAACGGACCAGGAGGAGGAGGAAAUGGAAUUAUCCGACGAUAGUCAACUGAAGGAACAGCUGGAAAGAGAACUUGAUCCCGAUUUCCGAGGCACUCCAUUAAACAAACGGAAGAAGAGUAUAAGCAUACGCGAAUCGUCGCUUCCGAACAAAAUUCUCAACACCACGAUCCACUGUAGCUGCACCGGUAACUGUGGGACGAAACGCUGCGGUUGCCAAAAGCAUGGCAUGCAGUGUCAUCCGGCCUGCAAGUGUCCGCCCAGUUGCGUUAACCGCGCGCUUUACACUAUUAGCGAGCCCGAAAAUAUGUUGAUGAACGGUACCGAAGGCGGUGCAGACACAUCCGGCAGCACGACGAAACAGAACGACAAGGAGAACACCUUCAUCAUACCGAGCGAACCGGCACGCGUGACGAAGGAUGAACGGGAAGAGCUCGACAUAUUGGACUAUGUGGCGAAGUACAGAAAGCGGAAACCCCUGCUGGAUAUUUAA